AUGCGCAAUGCGGCGUACAAACUUCCCCGAGCAGUGGAGGUAGGCGUCUUUUACUUUCAUGCAGCCGCAGGGGAGACAACAAGAUCCAAAGAGCAGUAACACAGCGGUUGAAACAGCAGCUCCAGUGACCAGUUCUACUCAGCAUAUCCACUGAGGAAAUUCUCACUUGCAACUUGAGAAGAUGAGUGGCAACAAGAAGAUGGAGGAUGAGGCGGUGGUGGACCGAGGGGCGUCCUUACUCAAACACAUCUGUGAUGAAGAAGAGGUAGCAGGUCACCACACCAUCUACAUUGGCGUGCGUGUGCCCAAGAGCUCACGGCGUCGGAGGCGCCACCGCCGGAGAACCAGCCACAAGGACAGAAAGGAGAGGUUGACGGAGAACGCCUCUGACAAGUCGGACACAGAAAACAACGAUGAGGCCAGCAACAGCAUCCUCAAACCUCUCAUCUCACCAGCAGCCGAGAGGAUCCGCUUCAUCUUGGGGGAGGAAGAUGAUGGCCCGGCACCCCCACAACUCUUUACAGAGCUGGAUGAACUGCUGUCCGUGGAUGGACAGGAGAUGGAAUGGAAAGAGACGGCCAGGUGGAUAAAGUUUGAGGAGAAGGUAGAAAAGGGGGGUGAACGAUGGAGUAAACCCCAUGUGGCAACGCUGUCUUUACAUAGCCUGUUUGAAUUGCGGACAUGCAUAGAGAAAGGCACCAUCAUGCUCGACAUGGAAGCUUCAACUCUGCCUCAGGUUGUUGAGAUGAUCACUGACAACCAGAUAGAGAUUGGCCAGCUGAAAGCAGACCUGAAGGACAAGGUGAUGUACACGUUGCUACGGAAACAUCGCCACCAGACCAAGAAGUCCAACCUGCGCUCCCUGGCUGACAUUGGAAAAACGGUCUCCAGUGCAAAUAGUCCCACCACAACUCACCGCAACCUGGCGUCCAGCAGCCUGAACGACAUCUCUGACAAACCAGAAAAGGACCAGCUUAGGAACAAGUUCAUGAAGAAGUUGCCGAGAGACGCGGAGGCCUCCAACGUGCUGGUGGGGGAGGUGGACUUCCUGGACGCACCCUUUGUGGCGUUUGUCCGUCUGCAGAAAGCUGUGAUGCUGGGAGCCCUGACAGAAGUUCCUGUUCCCACAAGGUUUUUAUUCAUCUUGCUAGGACCCAAAGGCAAAGCCAAGUCAUACCAUGAAAUUGGCAGAGCGAUCGCCACCCUGAUGUCAGAUGAGGUCUUUCAUGACAUAGCCUACAAAGCGAAGGACAGACAAGACCUGCUGGCUGGUAUUGAUGAGUUCCUGGACGAAGUGAUCGUUCUUCCUCCUGGAGAAUGGGACCCCACCAUCAGGAUAGAACCUCCCAAAUCUCUCCCCUCCUCCGAUAAAAGGAAAAACAUGUACGCAGGAGGUGAUUCUCAAAUGAAUGGAGACAUGCCUCACGAUGGAGGUCACGGAGGAGGGGGACACGAAACUGGGGAAGAGCUGGAAAAGACUGGAAGGUUUUGUGGGGGUCUCGUACUUGACAUAAAGAGAAAAGCGCCUUUCUUUCUCAGUGACUUCACCGAUGCAAUUCACAUCCAGGCUCUGUCGGCCAUUUUGUUUAUUUACCUUGGAACUGUGACAAAUGCCAUCACCUUUGGUGGUCUGCUGGGAGAUGCAACAGAAAACAUGCAGGGUGUGUUGGAGAGUUUUCUAGGCACUGCCAUAGCUGGUGGGGUGUUCUGUCUGCUGGCUGGCCAGCCUCUCACCAUCCUCAGCAGCACCGGUCCUGUUCUGGUGUUUGAACGGCUGCUCUUCAAUUUUAGCAAAGAUAACGAUUUUGACUACCUGGAGUUCCGCCUGUGGAUCGGCUUGUGGUCGGCGUUCUUCUGCUUUGUGCUUGUGGCCACUGACGCCAGCUUUCUGGUGAAAUACUUCACCCGGUUCACAGAGGAGGGCUUCUCCUGCCUCAUCAGCUUCAUCUUUAUCUACGAUGCCUUCAAGAAGAUGAUUAAAUUAGCUCACCACUAUCCCAUCAACUCUGACUUCAAGCUGGAAUAUAUCACACAAUAUGACUGUCUCUGCAUGGCUCCUACAAUCUUAGAAAAUGAAACUGGGAUUAUGGGUGAUCCUUUAGAAGGUACUUCAGUCUGGCACUGGAACAACACUGGUCUGCCGUUGAAUGCCACAUGGUCGUCCCUCACAAGGACGGAGUGCUUAAAGUACAAAGGAGAAUUGGUGGGGAAGGCCUGCGACUUUGUCCCAGACAUCAGCCUCAUGUCCUUCAUCCUCUUCUUUGGUACCUACACCUGCUCCAUGUCUCUGAGGAAGUUCAAAACAAGCCCCUUCUUCCCUACCACUGUAAGAAAACUCAUCAGCGACUUUGCCAUCAUCCUUACCAUCCUCAUCUUCUGUUGCAUUGAUGCCCUUGUGGGAGUUGACACUCCUAAACUCAUUGUGCCAAGCGAAUUCAAGCCAACAAGCCCGAAACGAGGCUGGUUUGUUCCCCCCUUUGGAGGAAACCCCUGGUGGGUUUACCUGGCGUCUGCUCUUCCUGCUCUUCUGGUCACCAUCCUGGUCUUUAUGGACCAGCAGAUUACUGCUGUGAUUGUUAACAGGAAGGAGCACAAGCUAAAGAAAGGGGCAGGUUACCAUCUGGAUCUGUUCUGGGUGGCUGUUCUGCUGGUGGUUUGCUCCUUCAUGGGACUGCCGUGGUACGUGGCCGCCACAGUCAUCUCCAUCGCUCACAUCGACAGUUUGAAGAUGGAAACUGAAACAUCGGCUCCAGGAGAGCAGCCCAAGUUCCUGGGUGUGAGAGAGCAGAGGGUCACUGGUGUGUUUGUGUUCGUCCUGACAGGACUGUCUGUAUUUAUGGCUCCAAUUUUAAAGUUUAUCCCUAUGCCUGUGCUGUAUGGAGUCUUCCUUUAUAUGGGAGUGGCCUCUCUCAAUGGAGUGCAGUUCAUGGAUCGUCUCAAGCUGCUCCUGAUGCCAGCUAAGCACCAGCCAGACCUGGUUUACCUGCGACACGUUCCUCUCAGGAAGGUCCACCUUUUCACCUUCUUGCAGAUCCUCUGCUUGGCUCUGUUAUGGAUCCUCAAGUCCACCGUGGCUGCCAUCAUAUUCCCUGUCAUGAUCCUCGCUCUGGUUGCUGUGAGGAAAGCGAUGGAUUACAUGUUCUCCCAGCAUGACCUCAGCUUCCUGGACGAUGUUAUUCCAGAGAAGGACAAGAAGAAGAAAGAGGACGAGAAGAAGAAGAAGAAAAAGCGGGGCAGCAUAGACAGCGAUGCUGAAGAUUCUGAAUGUCCUUACAAUGAGAAAUCUCCCAGUAUUAAAAUCCCCAUGGACAUGAUGGAGCAGGAGCCCUUCUUAGGUGAUAAGGCCUCUGACAGAGACAAGCCCCAUUCAUUCCUUGAACGACACACAUCGUGCUGAGCAGCUUCGCUACUAUCAGGACAGCUACCUGUCCAGCCCCGAGAUGAGCCCGUUGAAGUCUGUGCCUCAGAUUAGAAUAGACAUGGACCCAGACGACGAUAACACCUUCUACUGGAGGAGCAGAGGAUCUGAGACGUCUCUGUAGAGGACCGAACCCCCGUCAGGAAACCUGCAUCUCUCUGAUUUUUUACUAUAUAAUAACUCUUAACACCUUCCAUGACUUUGUUUUUAAUAAGAGGGGCCUAAAAAAAAGGGAAGACAACAAUUUUUUUAAAGAUAAUAACAUUGUUUCUCAGUAUUUCGGCCUUCACCCUCUUAUUUGAGUCAUUUUCUCACCGCUCCACAGUGAACAGUUUCUAUUCCUCCUCACUACUCGUCUAUGCAACUGCUCCCUCCUCUUGCUGGUCAAAGGUAAACGCUGCAACGCUCUGACCAUGCAUGGAGUGCACUCUCUGCCCUUUUUAUACAAACUCCCACACAUAUAAAUAUAUAUAUAAUCUGUCUGAUUUUUAUAUAAACCGAAUUACUCCAAUAACAUUUUCCUGUAGCAGGAAACUCUGUUUUUAUAGUUCUACCUCUUCUUUUAGAUUCAGUGCUCAUCAUGAACAAAUGCAACAUGUUGAUUCUCGACAGGGUUUUGAUAUCUUUUCUCUGUCCUUGCAUAGGGUUGAAAUAAAGAGACAUGGUGUAUUAUAGCUUGUGAAGGAAAUUAAAUAGAAAUAUGAGUUAAUUAACAAUUAACAGCACAUUUUUGUGUGCGGAUGUGGUAAAUACUUUUAUCAUCACUUAUUGAUGCAGUUUUGAUUGCUUCACCUCUUUCUAACUGAAUCUUUCACACAUUCACUUCAAAGCUUUUGUUACUUUUUAAAUUAAAUUGUUUUUUUCUCUCCUUUUUUUUAAAAUAAUUAUAUGUAUAUGUUGGUAACGUUUUCUGUGUCUAUUAUAUUUGUGGGUAGAAAACUGAUCUCAUCUGAUUUUCCUCAGCCAAACUUUAACUCUAACUAGGAAUGCAUAUCAUGUAAUUGCUUGUGCUGCACAAACUACUUAACCUAAGUGGCUUAUCAGAGGUUGAUCCAGACUGAAAUUGUUACGGUAACAUGUUAAAAUAAAAGGAUUACUAGGCGGGGAUCAGUGGGACAGCUUCAGUUUGCAGCAGGUUUAGGUUUGGUUCCUGUUGGAUUUUCUCAAAUAUACAUUAAAUGAUGUAUUUGGAUAUUCAUUUGAUACUCAGAUGCCACUUGUACAGUGGAAUUGGUUAGAAACAGAUUGCACAUUAAACCCAAAUUUGGUUACUUUGGUUCUUAAGUCAUCCAUGCAGCUCAAAAUGGAAACACAAUUCCUCUAUUUCUAACCAGUGCAAACUACUGUAAUAGCUUUCUAAAUAGAUUUUCUCGCACUUUUGUUGCUGCAUUAAACAGAUGUCACUUUACAGCCAGCAUUCAGAGAAGACAUGACUUUCGAGCUCAGUGUACAUAUGGCAUAUGAGUGCAAAAUGUACCUAUUUAGAAAAAAAUAAGAAUUAGCAAGAUUUAGAGCUCUAAUUGCUAAAUCUCAGUCUUCUAAAAUAUUUGCUUAGCGUUUUGUCUACACAGAGCAGCCAGCGAGUCCACAGUCAACGAACAAAGCCUCUUAAAUCUGACUACCUUUGGCCAGUAUUUAGAGAUAAUUCUUGUUUAAAUGCAACUGAUUAUUUUUCCUUUAAUGUAGGCAUCUUUCUGUUAACGCAAACAUUAAUUAAUGUUAAAGGAAUUAAGCAAACAAGGGAUUAAGCAAAAAAGUGCUGGGGCUCCGAACAGAAAACCAUCCACUGCCCAUGUUUCAUGUGAUUUCUCUGCAGCAGAAGUGGAAAGCGGAAAGUUAUGCACAGAAACAGCACAAGCAGGAAAUUCAACAAGCUGAAAUAAACUGAAAUUAUCCUUAAAAUACAGAUGAACAAA